GAGCCCUCACAAGUGCAGUUGGCAUUCACAAUGUCUGAAGAAACUGGUUCAAGUGGCAGCGAUCUCUGCUCUGUGGAUUUUGAGAUAUUUGGCAAUGUCCAGGGUGUCUGCUUUCGUAUGUAUACAGAGAGGAAGGGACUCAACCUUGGUCUGGUUGGCUGGGUGAAGAACACAAACAAGGGGACAGUCGUGGGACAGGUUCAGGGACCACGUAAUCUGGUCAAAGAAAUGAAGAUAUGGCUAAGUAAGGAGGGAAGCCCCAGCAGUCGUAUCACUCGGGCUGUUUUCAAGAAUGAGAAGACCAUCCCCAAGCUGGAGCUCUCUGGCUUCUCCACUCGUUUCUGAUGUACAACCCAACCUUUUGCUGGACUGCAAUGUCUCACACUGUACACAUACUAAUACUAAUCCCACAACCAAAAAACAUCACUACAUCCUCAUUUAUAACAAAUAAA